AUGCUGGAGGAUGCGGUCGAUGCGUUGUGGGGUGUGUUCAGCAAUGUCCGUCCGUUGCACGAUAGAAGCGCCGAAGGUUUAUAUUUUACGCCAGGAGAAACUGUCCAGCUUCAGAAGAUGACCAAGGCCGGCAAGUGUGACUGCUGUAGGCAGCGCAAGGUCAAGAAAGUCAGGCGAGAUUGCAAAUAUACUUACGGCCAUGUGUCGAAAUUCGUCAAUUAUCAGCAUGAAAGCUCAGGCCCUUCAUCAUCCUCUCCCUCGGGAAAGGGAGACUCGAAACAAGGCGCAGACCGAAAGCACAGACCCAAAGACCAAGAGAUGGUCCUCAGUCUAAGAUCAUCCAAGAAUUUGCAGUCAGGCAACAAUUUGAUGCAAACUUUCAACCUUGUGCCCGCCAACAAGAGAGACAAGUCCAGCCACGGAGGAGAGGUUCGCUACGGGGGUGGAGAUGAAUCGCCGCAAGCGAAUGAGCAUCAGGCGUCACUACUGUCCCUCUGGCUGUCAUAUCUCGAGAGCGGGCCCUCUGGAGAGUCAUCGUUGUACUGUAUGGGUGACUGGAUGGAUAUUGUGCAAAGAUACAUUGGCAGGGGCGAUGUCGUGGAUGCGGCGGUGAUCGCUAUCGUAUCUGGGGCCAGAGCGUUGUCGAGCAGAGCAGAAGAAGAUAUUGCGACGGCAAGUGAGUCGAAUAUCAACGCCCUGCGAGUCCUCCGGCUGUCUCUCGCCAAGGACAACCAGGAGAGCGACAGCAGAAUGGCAUUGGUAGCUACGAAGCUCCUGUAUAUUGCCGAGAUCACAUCCGCUAUGUUUCGAGGAGAAAGAUCGGCCUUCGAGAAGACUGCGUGGACCGACAUGCCAGCGCCCCAAUUCGCUGACAACACAUGGCCAGGAUACGCAGCAGCCCUGAAGGAUACUAUGCAGGGCUUCACAAAGCUUGCGCGGCUGGUCCACCUCACCCGGCGGGUCCAGCAAAAGCCACACGACGUCGCCCUGCGCUCUGAUGCUACUAGCCUCGCCGGCCGGCUAUUUGGGAGCAGCAUAGAGGCGUGGAUCGGCGAGUUGAUGGGAUCUGGGGGGAUCUUGGUGGUCCCCUCCGUUGCCAACGAUCACCUGGUCACUCACUCGUAUCGCUUCCAGUCUCCACGGCUGUACCAGCUCAUAGUGACUUUCUGGGCAGGUCGUGUCAUCCUGUGCGGCUGUAUUCAGAGGCUCGCGGAUACGGGUCGUCUUCCUUCUGCCCUCAGCCUCGCAGCCGCUUAUGAGACAGACAUUCAGAGCGCCCAUGCCAUUGCCAUGUGUGCUGACUAUUGCAUGCAGAUCGACUCGACACUCCCUUGCGCUCAAAUUGCGCAUCUCCCCGCGCUCAGGAUAGCCUUUGGAGCUUGGCAGCGGCUUGGGGAGCGAGCCGUGGGGCAGUCAACCGAGUCGGAAGAGAUGACAGCGUGGUGCCUGGGUACGCUGAACGUGAUCGAGACAAUGCUGUCGCUCCGCUUGUCCACGCACGAAGAAUUGUAUCGAAGGACGUCCUGCUUGUCGGGAGGACCAGUAUAUGAGUCUGGGUGA